GCUUUGCCACAUCCAAUAUGGCAACAACGUCGACGUACUAAUUAUCGACAAGGCGCGGUCUAUUUCGAUUUAUCUAUAAUUGUAGUCCGGUACGUUUUUUUUUUUUUCGGUAUCCGCAGUCCCGCUGAGAGGUGGACGCGCAUCAGGACUGAGCUAUGGCACCUUUCGGACUCAAAGCCGUUGUUGGAGAAAUGUUCCUUCCGUGCCUUCCCCGUCUCGCUGACUGCUCCAGCCACAGCGCUAAGCUACCCCACCUGCUUACGUUCCCGCUUCAUGCUCGCUCCUUGUCCCGACGGUCCACCACCUCACCUUGGAUAUCAUUACCGUGAGCCAACCUGCAAUAAACCAUUCUAAAUCUACUCCCUCCGCCCCAGUCUGCUCUUGGGUCCAAACCAACUCGCAUCCGACUUCGCACCGUGACAGAAUACUCAGGCUAUGACGGAACCAGCUACUACAGAAGCAUUGAGAACAGCGCUCGCCCACCAGGGCGGUCAUAUCAGCAGACAGGACGAAACCCUCUGUGAGAUCAUGGACUCAUUAAAUGCCCUUACACAACAAGUAUCCCUCCUGUCCUCCCAGAGCCACCUCAGCAAUCCUCCCAUGAGUAUUCCUCCCGAGCCCGCAACCUCCGACCAACCCUGCCUCCCGAACCUUACUCGGGGGACCUUGGUUCAUGUAAUCCAUUUUUAGUAAAGUGCACUCUAGUUUUCAACCUACAAAGGCUGAGCUAUCCAACCGACAGAUCUAAGGUCGCAUACAUUAUCAACCUCCUGCGCGGUAGAGCUUCCAAAAAAUGGGUCACUGUGCUUUGGUAUAAUUCCUCCCCGGUGCUCACCUCACUAGACUCCUUUAUGUCCGAACUCAAAAAAGUUUUCGAUCACCCCGUUAAGGGGAGGGAAGCCACUCGCCGCCUCCUCGCUCUUACCCAAGGUUCAAGUUCCGUGGCAUCCUACUCUAUCGAUUUCCGGGUAUUCGCGAGUGAAUGCGGGGUGGGAUGACGCAGCGCUAAGGGGAGUUUUCUUUAAGGGGUUAUCCAAACAACUUAAAGACGAGCUCGCGACCAGGGACGAACCCACCUCCCUCAAGAAUUUAAUUUCACUAGCCAUAAUAUUUGACAACCACCUCCGUGAGAGAGCUUGUGCGCGAGGAACGUAGUUUCACUCCACCCACGAGGGCUGCAGCUCCCAUGUCUCCGCCGCACACUGAACCCCCUGUAGCCGCCUCUUCACCCCGCACUGGACCAGAGGAGCCUAUGCAACUAGGGAGGACCCGGUUAGACCCCAAGGAAUGACCGCGCCGCUUCACUCAGAGGUUAUGCAUCUAUUGUGGACAGCCUUGUCACUUUAUUGCCACCUGCACUCUCAGGCCAAAAGACCGAGCUCACCGCGACCUCAGAGCAUCGUGGUCAGCCAAACCAACACCCCCCCAAGCUUCCCCUCCCAUAUGACUGUUUCCACAUGCAUUCUUGGUUCCGUUCGCAACACACCAGUCUUUGCCGCUCAUUGACUCCGGCGCUGAUGACAAUUUCAUCCCUGAGGGCUUGGUGUGUCAGCACAAGCUUCCCCUCGAGCCCCUCCCGUCCCCUAAGAAAGUUAUGGCCCUGGACGAGCGACUCAUCUCCCCUGUCACCCACCAAACUGUACCAUUCAACCUGCUCAUUUCUGGGAAUCACCAUGAAACACUCAAGUUAUUUGUCAGCCCUUCCCCAGAGACGCCACUUGUCCUCGACAUCCCUUGGCUCAAACAACACAACCCUGCAAUGGAUUGGACCCAUCUGUCAAUCACUGGUUGGAGUCACUUCUGUCAUUCCCACUGUCUUCUUUCAGCCGUCCUGUCCUCCAGCACACCUCAGCCACCAGUAACACCUACCGAUCUCUCCCGGGUUCCAGAAGAUUAUCACAAUCUCUCCCGUCCCGAAAAAGAGACGAGAGAAAAUAUAUCCAUUACUCCCUUGCUUCAGGACCCAUCCGGCUCUCUUAUUCCCCUGUGGGGGCUGACUUCUUCUUCGUGGAAAAGAAAGAUACCACUCUCUGCCCCCUGCAUUGAUUUCUGAGCCCUCAAUGACAUCACGGGGAAAAACAAAGCACCACUGCCCCUGAUUGACCCCUCCUUUGAACCCCUCUGCGACGCUCAGAUUUUCACGAAAUUGGAUCUACGGAAUGCUUAUCAUUUCAUCCGCGUUAAAGAGGGGGAUGAAUGGAUAACGGCUUUCAAUACCCCACUUGGACACUUCGAGUAACUGGUCAUCCCAUUUGGAUUACCAACGCCCCCGCCGUUUUUCAAACCUUCAUCAAUGACGUCGUCCGUGACAUACUGAACCGGUUUGUUUUUGUCUGUCUAGACGACAUACUUAUCUUCUCCUCCUCCCCCGAAGAACAUCGCCAGCAUGUCCUCCAAUGCCUUCUUGAGAACCACAUUUUCGUGAAACCUGAAAAAUGCAAAUUCCACCUCUCCUCCGUUCACUUCUUGGGAUACAUCAUCGCCAAAGGACAGUUACAACCAGACCGAGCAAAGAUCCAAGCAGAUGUCAACUGGGCCAUUCCCUCCACCCGCAAGGAGCUUCAACGUUUCCUAGGAUUCGCCAAUUUCUAUCAACGUUUCAUCCGUGACUACAGCAAGGUUGCCGUACAUCUCUCCAGUCUCACCUCCACCAUCUCACCUUUCCAUUGGACCCCUGCCGCAUCGCAAGCAUUCAAACGCCUCAAACAACUGUUCACCAGUGCUCCCAUCCUGCGACACUCUGACCCCUCCCUCCAGUUCGUGGUGAAGGUUGACGCCUCUGACACGGGAGCAGCAGCCGCCCACUCCCAGCGGGUCCUAGUUUCUCUAAAACUUGCUCCCUGUGCCUUUUUCUCCCAUCUCCUGUCUACAUCCAAGCGGAAUUAUGACGUUGGAAGAUCGCACUUGGAAGGAUCGCACCAUUUUAUCCAGCAACACUUCUGGUGGCUCAGCCUAGUCAAAGACACCCGAGAGUUUGUCCUAGCCUGCUUCGUCUGUGCCCGAGGUAAGGCUUUACAUCAACCCCCAGCUGGCCUGCUGUGCCCCUUACCCAUUCCGAGCCGACUUGGUCCCACAUUUCCCUGGACUUUGACACCGGCCUACCCCCAUCUUAAGGUAACGCAGUCAUUCUCACCAUUAUUGACCGGUUCUCCAAGUGUGUUCACUAUGUACCUCUUCCCAAAUUGCCCUCUGCUUUUGAGACUGCUAACCUUCUUGUCCUACACAUGUUCAGACUUCAUGGUAUCCCUGUUGACAUUGUAUCGGACCGGGGUCCUCAUUUCUCAUCCCAGGUCUGGAAAGAGUUUUGAAAGGCGGUAGGCGCAGCAGCCACUUUGUCCUACCACCCCCAAACCAACGGCCAGACGGAGCAGCCAAAUCAAAAUCUGGAAUCUGCUCUUCGUUGCAUUGAUGCUCGCCAUCCUGCCUCCUGGUGUACCUUCCUCCCGUGGGUGGAAUAUGCCCACAACUCCCUCACCUCAGAAAUAUAAGUGGCUGGUGGAUCUUCAACGAUCCCCUACUCUGGAAUACAAGGGAGCCAUGGCCCAAUGGUUAAGAUCAUCGCCUGCCACCGUGGGGGACCUAGGUUCAAGACCCCGACUGGACCAUCCGCCAACAUCCCCCGGAGUCACGGCUGUGGUGUCCUUGAGCAAGACACUGAUACCCGUAAAUGCUCCCCGGGCGCUUCAGCUGCCCACCUACUCCAGUGUGUUCCACUAACGUAUGUUAUCUGCUGCGGACCAAGAGUGCAUGAGCAGGAGCUCAGGUGUUCUGUCCUCAGUACUAAUAAGAUAAUGAACGAUGUUAUCAAGAAGGCAAGAGAAAAUGGAAAAUGGAAAGUGCUUGUGGUGGACAAGCUGAGUAUGAGGAUGAUUUCCUCCUGCUGCAAGAUGACAGACAUCAUGACAGAGGGAAUCACCAUUGUAGAGGACAUAUCCAAGCGACGGGAGCCUCUGCCCAGCAUGGAGGCCAUUUAUCUGAUAACACCCUCAGUUGAGUCUGUUGAGGGUCUAAUUGAUGACUUCAGAGAUCCACGGUCUCCGAGGUAUCGAGCAGGCCACGUCUUCUUUACUGACGCAAUUCCAGACUCCAUGUUUGGACUCUUGACCAACUCUCGCGCCGCCAAAGCCAUGAAGGCCUUGACUGAGAUCCAUGUAGCCUUUCUGCCCUAUGAAUCUCAAGUCUUCUCCCUGGAUAAAGUAGAUGCCUUUCAGGACUUCUACAGCCCCUUCAAAGCUGAUGUGAAGAACAGUAUGCUUGAAGGUUGCGCUGAGCAGAUUGCCACUCUCUGUGCUACGCUCAAAGAAUAUCCUGGAAUCCGAUACAGAGGAGAGCACAAAGACUGCGCUGUUCUGGCCCAAAUGCUACAGGACAAGCUGGAUGGCUACAAGGCUGAUGACCCCAGCAUGGGGGAGGGACCAGAUAAGUGCCGUAGUCAAGUAAUCAUCCUGGACCGAGGAUUUGAUCCCGUGUCACCACUUCUACAUGAGCUCACUCUUCAGGCAAUGGCCUACGACCUGCUAGGCAUUGAGAAUGAUGUCUACAAGUUUGAGACCAGUGGGAUGGGGGAAACUAGGACAAAAGACGUACUGCUGGAUGAGGAUGAUGACCUGUGGUUGACUCUGAGACAUAAACACAUUGCUGAAGUUUCAACGGCUGUGACUCGCUCUCUGAAAGAAUUUUCUGCCAGCAAAAAAAUGAACACAGGAGAAAAGACUACAAUGAAGGAACUGUCUCAGAUGCUGAAGAAAAUGCCCCAGUAUCAAAAGGAGCUAAGCAAAUAUUCAACCCAUCUUCACCUGGCUGAGGAUUGUAUGAACCGCUACCAGGGCACUGUUGACAAACUCUGCCGUGUGGAACAGGACCUUGCAAUGGGUACCGAUGCAGAGGGUGAGAAGAUAAAAGAUCCCAUGAGGCUUAUAGUACCAAUCUUACUGGAUACCAAUGUCAGUGUCUCUGACAAGAUCCGCAUCAUUCUGCUUUACAUCUUCCUCAAGAAUGGUGUGACCGAAGAAAACUUGUGUAAAUUGCUCCAGCAUGCCAGCAUCCCACCCGAGGACAGUGACAUAAUUUCCAACAUGGCACACAUGGGUGUGCCUAUCGUCUCUGAGGGAACUGCCAAGAAAACCAAAAAGCCUGACCGUAAGGAACGAAUCAGUGAGCACACGUACCAACUUUCAAGAUGGACUCCUCUCGUCAAGGAUCUCAUCGAGGAUGCCAUUGAGGAUAAACUUGACAUUAAGCAAUACCCAUACGUUUCCCAGAGACAAGCAUCAGCCAAAGCCAGUGCUCCAUCAAGUACUGCCCGCUAUGGUAACUGGCACAAAAACCGGGGUCCCACAGAGGUGAAGACUGGGCCAAGGGUUAUUGUCUUCAUUAUUGGAGGCAUGACCUACAGUGAGAUGCGCUGUGUGUAUGAGGUCACCCAAACCAAUGGCAAAUGGGAGGCCAUAAUUGGUUCCACCCACAUCCUCACCCCUCCCAAAUAUCUGAAGGAACUACAGCACCCAGAUUUCCUGGAUCCCAAUGCUCCACCUGAGGCCACUGAGGAGCAGUCAGCACAGUAAUAUAUGGAGCAUCUGGCUGUUUGCAGCGCAUUUGCCCCUGUGGUUCCACUGUAAGUGUAGCACUGGAGUUUCACUUCUAGAAGACUACAGGAAACUUAAUGUUUCUGUAUUAUGUUUCAGGAUCAACUGAAAUUUUCACUCUUCAUUCUAAAAACUUUCAAAAGCACCCAAACGGACGGUUUUCCCACCAACACCUCCGCCCAGAUGUUUAUACAAAUAUAAGAAUAUUUAUACUCUUAUAUUUCAUAUAAAGCACUUGCAAACUUUUUUUUUGUCAAUAAAUAUAGUAAAUUGUGUUUAGUCAGUUUAUUAAGCAAGAUUGUAUUUAUUUGGACGAUUUUCUUUAUUGUGCAGUGUGUUUAUUUCUACAUGUGAAAUAGUUUAGAUCGAGGAAUUAUGAGGUUCAAAUGAUAUGGAAUUCCAUCAUCUUUUCAUUCACCAUCUUAUAUUUUAUGCAAUCACAUGUACUGUGUCGGAAAAACUAGAAGAGGUGUUGAAUUCUUCUUGAAGUAGAUGCUUUAGUCGAGUCGACAUUAGUUUGGGUAAUAGCAGGAGCCAAUUACAUUUGCCAGCUUGAAGACGAAACUAGAAAAUACUUCAGUUAAAUGUUUUGUUGAUUGAAAAUCCAUAUUGGGCAUAUUUGGGUGCACAUACUGUAUUUUCUUACAAGCACAUAGAUACCAACCUCCCCUGAUAUUGAUUUGCUAUAUUCUGGAGCAGUUUUGUGUCGGGUUUUAUUUUUGUCAAUCAAUGUGCUGUCUCCCUUUAUUUUCUGUGUUGUUGCCCAUUUCCUUGGGAUAUGUUGUAAUUCUAUAGUACUUUACUUGUGUUUCUGAUUGAAAUGUCAGUACUGUCUGUCUAUUCUUGUUGUAAAUACCUGAUGAAUAAUUUAGUUGAUAUAAAUGGUAUCAUUAAAUCAAUACUGUAACAUCCCUCCCAUUUGAUGUGCAUAGUAAAUGUAAGUAACACAGUGUAUGCUCUAACAAAAAGGAUAGGUAUAUCGUGGGAAUUAAAGAUUAAAAAAUA